GCUUUUUCUUGUUAAUAUAACCGCCCAAAACCCGAGCUUAAUCCCUUCUUAUUCGGAACAUCAAAUCUGACUCCAUUCUUACUCAGCCCCUAAAAUCCCCUUUUUCCUAUUUAAUUCUGGUUUACAGAUUCAUCGAAUAGUUUUUUUCCUGGAAAAAUCUGCUCAAAGAUGGCAUCGUUAAAGAUUCAUCCUAGAACCUAUUCAUUGAUUCAAUUUAACAAACCCAAUACGGUUUCUGAUUUGAAAUUGAACUCUUCUCUCUCAGUUUCUAAGCAGAUUAAGAAAAGGGUGUGUUCUCAUUGUGUUUCGUCUUCUCUAUCUUUAUCAAAUUCAUGCGGAGGAGGAGGAGUUAUGAAAGAGGAUCAGAAAACGGAAGGUGUAUUAUCAGGGAAGAUUGAUGAAUGGAUGAGUGAAUCAGUGGUGGAUAUUGUGAAGAACUUGAAACAAGCGCCGUUGUUGGUUCAGAUAUACUCUGAGGAUGGAAAAGGACAAGUGAAGAUCAAGACGGAGAGAGCGGUGGAGGAAGAUUGGCCGAUGAAGAAAAGUCAAUGGGAGAAGAGAUCACCAGAUGGGCUUAUUUUCGUUGGAGAACUUGGAAGUGAGGAUGAGAAACUUGUAGAGGAAGAAGGAGAAGGGAUAACAAAGGCAUGGGGAGUAGUUGUACAGGGGAAAGGGAUGGAAUGUUCACCAGCUUGUUAUUUGUUGAAAACCAGUAGAGUUGGUGCUGGAUUUGGGAUGGGAUUGUUUUGCACACAUUUCUGUUUAGCAAAAGUACAGAAUUUUAGGGACAGUGCUCUUAUGCAGUUUCAAAAUUCUUGGUUGUUGCAAUGACUAUUCAUCAAAUCAUUAAUUCUUGUGAUUCACCAAAUGUAUAAACAAGGUUUUACUCAUAAUCAUACUACAAAUACAAUGAAUUGUUUCUAUCAA